AUGCUGCAGCUGAGCCUCUCCUGGCUGGGACUCGGGCCGGUGGCAGCCUCCCCAUGGCCGCUCCUGCUGCUGGUCGGGGCCUCCUGGCUGCUGGCCCGCGUCCUGGCCUGGACCUACACCUGCUACAGCAACUCUCGCCGCCUCCAAUGUUUCCCGCAGCCCCCAAUACGCAGCUGGUUCUUGGGUCACCUGGGCCUGAUUCAGAGCUCGGAGGAAGGUCUCCUGUACACACAGGGCCAGGCCAGCACCUGGGAUGUGUGCUGCUGGUGGGUGGGGCCCUGGCAUGUGGUCACCCGCAUCUUCCACCCCACCUGCAUCAAGUCUGUGCUUUUUGCUCCAGCUGCCAUCGCACCCAAGGACGUGGUCUUCUAUGACUUUCUGAAGCCCUGGCUGGGGGAUGGGCUCCUGCUGAGUGCUGGUGAAAACUGGAACAGGCACCGUCACAUGCUGACACCCGCCUUCCACUUCAACAUCCUGAAGCCCUAUAUGAAGAUUUUCACCAAGAGUGCAGACAUCUUGCAUGCCAAGUGGCAGCGCUUAGUCACGGAGGGCCACACCCAUCUGGACGUGUUUGAACACAUCAGCCUUGUGACCCUGGACAGUCUGCAGGAAUGCGUCUUCAGUUUCGACAGCAAUUGCCAGGAGAAGCCCAGUGAAUAUAUUGCUGCCAUCUUGGAGCUCGGUGUCCUAGUGGCAAAGCGGCACCAGCAGAUCUUCCUGCACGUAGACCUCCUGUACUACCUCACCCCUGACGGGCGGUGCUUCCUCAGGGCCUGCCGCCUGGUUCACGACUUCACAGAUGCUGUUAUCCAGGAGCGGCGGCGUACCCUCCCCAGUCAGGGCAUUGAUGACUUCCUCAAGGCCAAGGCUAAGGCCAAGACCUUGGACUUCAUUGAUGUGCUCCUGCUGACCAAGGAUGAAGAUGAGAAGGGAUUGUCAGAAGAAGAUAUCCGAGCUGAAGCUGACACCUUCAUGUUUGAGGGCCAUGACACCACAGCCAGUGGCCUCUCCUGGAUCCUGUACAACCUUGUAAAGCACCAAGAAUACGAGGAACGCUGCCGGCAGGAGGCGCAAGAGCUCCUCAGGGACCGUGAGCCUAAGGAGAUUAAAUGGUGA